AUGAAUGAGAACACAUGGAGAGAGAUGAGGAAGUUCAAAGGGGACAAUGAGAACUCACUAGAGGGAUGGGACCUGUGUUUGUGUUGGUGUGUUUUUUCUUCUGCAGUGGAGCGAUGCAUGAGUGUAAUGCAGUCCGGGACACAGAUGGUAAAGCUGAAGGCGGGAUCCAAAGGGCUGGUGAGACUCUUCUACCUGGAUGAACAUUGCUCCUGCAUUCGUUGGAAGCCAUCACGCAAGAGUGAGAAGGCGAAGAUCACCAUUGAUUCGCUGUACAAAGUGACAGAGGGUGGUCAAUCGGACAUCUUCCAUCGGCAUGCAGAUGGCAGCUUGAACCCGGCCUGCUGUUUCACAGUGUACCAUGGAAACCACAUGGAGUCCCUUGACCUGGUGACAUCAAAUGCAGAAGAAGCCAGAACCUGGAUAACCGGCCUCCGCUACCUGAUGGCCGGGAUCAGUGAUGAGGACUCGCUGGCCAAACGGCAGCGCACACACGACCAGUGGCUGAAGCAGACAUUUGAGGAGGCUGAUAAGAACGGAGAUGGACUCCUGAACAUUGAAGAGAUCUACCAACUUCUCCACAAGCUGAAUGUUAACCUGCCACGCAGGAAGGUCAAACAAAUGUUUCAGGAAGCAGACACGGACGAUCAGCAGGGCACGCUGACAUACGAAGAGUUCAACGUCUUCUACAAGAUGAUGUCUCUGAGACGGGACCUGUUCCUGCUGAUGAUGGCGUACAGUGACAGGAAGGACCACCUGACAUCGGAAGAGCUGGCCAACUUCCUGCUCAACGAGCAGAAGAUGUCCAAUGUGACUCCAGAGUAUGUUGCAGAAAUCAUUGACAAGUUUGAAGUGUCUGACGAGAAUAAACAAAGGGGCAUCAUGGGGAUAGAAGGUUUUACAAGUUUCAUGCGCAGUCCAACGUGUGACAUUUUCAACCCUUUGCACCAUGAGGUGAAUCAAGACAUGGAGCAGCCUCUGUGUAACUACUUCAUUGCCUCCUCUCAUAACACAUACCUGACUGGAGACCAGCUCCUCUCCCACUCCAAGACUGACAUGUACGCCUGGGUGCUGCAGUCAGGCUGCCGCUGUGUAGAAGUGGACUGUUGGGAUGGUCCAGAUGGAGAACCGAUGGUCCAACAUGGCUACACUCUGACCUCCAAGAUACCGUUCAAGUUUGUCAUAGAGACCAUCAAUAAAUAUGCCUUCAUAAAUAACCAGUACCCAGUGAUUCUGUCCAUAGAGAACCACUGUAGCAUCCAGCAGCAGAAGAAGAUUGCAGAGUACCUGCGAGAAAUCUUUGGUGACAAACUGGAUGUGGGAGACGUACUUAGCAGGGACUCAAAAACAUUACCCAGUCCUCACAGCCUACAGGGCAAGAUACUCAUCAAAGGGAAGCGACUGCCUGCCUAUCUGUCUGCGGACGCCGAGGAAGGGGAGGUGUCUGAUGAUGACAGUGCGGAUGAAAUUGAGGAUGACUUCAAGCUUAAAAGCAGUAAUGGCAAUGGUCAUCACCAGGUGGAGUCUCACAUCAGAAAGAAGCUGGACUCUCUACUAAAGGAGUCUCGGAUUGGAGACAAGGAAGAUAGCGAUAGUUUCAGCAUCCGAGCACUGCUCCGAGCUACGCACCAGGGCCUUCAGAAGAACCUGCGCCAGAGCUCCAAAGGGGUUUUGAAGAAAUCUCAGAGCAGAUCCUUCAUCACAACACUCAAGCAGAAGAGGCACUCCAAAUCCAGGCUGUCAUGCCAAAGUGUGGACAAGGAGGAGGACAGUCAGGAGAGGUCUGGGAGGGAGGCUGGAGGACAGUUCAACAGGGGUGGAAGGAAGAGGAAGACGAUGAAACUGAGUAGAGAUCUGUCAAACCUGGUGGUGUUCACCAACUCUGUUGCCUCACAGGAAUGUCUGAAUGAAGGCACUCCAGGUGACGUUCUGUCAUUCAGCGAGACCAGAGCCCAAUCUCUGGUCAAUCACAGAGCCGAACAGUUCCUAGCUUUUAACCAGAGGCAGCUGUCACGGAUUUAUCCCUCAGCCUAUCGCAUUGACUCAUCCAAUUUCAACCCCCAGUUCUACUGGAACGUGGGCUGUCAGUUGGUCGCUCUGAACUACCAGACAGAGGGCAGGAUGAUGCAGCUCAACAGAGCCAAAUUCAUGGUGAAUGGAGGCAUUGGCUACGUCCUUAAGCCCCCUCCCAUGUGUAAAGGCUCAUUCAAUCCAUUCAGUGAUGACCCGCUUCCAGCUUACCCCAAGAAGCAACUCAUUCUCAAGAUCAUUAGUGGACAGCAGUUGCCCAAACCACCAGACUCCAUGCUGGGGGACCGUGGAGAGAUUAUUGAUCCUUUCGUGGAAGUGGAGAUCAUCGGUCUGCCAGUUGAUUGCUGCAAGGACCAGACACGAGUUGUUGAUGAUAAUGGUUUUAAUCCAGUAUGGGAGGAGAGCCUGUCCUUCACACUUCACAUGGCUGAGGUGGCUUUGGUGCGUUUCCUUGUCUGGGACCAUGACCCAAUUGGACGGGACUUUAUUGGUCAACGGACUGUUGCCUUCAGCAGCCUGAUGCCUGGUUACAGACAUGUUUACUUGGAGGGGCUGACUGAGGCUUCCAUCUUUGUGCAUGUGUCAGUGCAUGAUGUCUAUGGGAAGGGUCAUCACCUGCGAGGUAUCCGGGGGUUGUUUAACCGUUCUUCCAAGUCCUCUGUGGAUGCUAACUCCAGUGGUUUCCGGAAACGCUCCAUCAGUGAUCACUUCCUGCGGCGCACAGCCAGUGCCCCAGCAAAGGGACGGAAGAAGACCAAGAUGGCACUAUCAGAGUCAGUGGCUUCGAUAUCAGACCAAAAGAAUGGCACAGUUGCAGGAGGAGAGGGCAUGGCAGGGAAAGAAGAAGCAUUGGAGAAGCGACACCAGCCCCGAGGCCCCCUCACCCACAGACCUAUGUCCAUGCCCUUAGACAGGCUUCUGCAAGGGCAACUAUCCCUCUGCUCACCAGACAAGGAACAACAUGAUAUGGGCACAGAUACUGUCAUUGGACCUUGCCCCUUCAACAGGCCCAGGUCCUCCUCUUUGGACCCGUUCAUCGAAUCAUCAUUCUCUAUUGAACCAAACAUCUCCUCCCCUUCUAAGAUAUUCAUCAACAGAAAUAAAGAAAUGAAGCAAUCAGAGGAAGUUUCGUAUCUGGUUAUUGGUGGAGAAGGAGUGAGAAAAGAAGAGGAUUAUGCCAAUUACCAAUCAGGAGACAAUGGAUACAACAAAUCUGAGAUCAUCUCCACAGGCACAGAGAAAAAAUGUUUCAUCUCAUCUUCCACGAGCCGCCAAAUGAGAUCAGAUAAACCAGAAACAUCAUCAAACAGCACAACAUUCACAGCUGCACCUUCAGAGUCCUCGUCCUCCUCCUCUGCCCCCUCCACUAUGACCCCUCUUUCUCCUGUCAGUAUGGACUGCGAUCUGAACAGUCCCAGCACUUUGCAUGACAGUGUCAUCUCCAGACUAAUUGAUGCUGUGUCCUUAGGCAAUGAGCAAGACACAUGUGACUCUGUUUCUGCUCUGAUUGGUCAGUGUGACAGCACUGUUGACCAAAACGGUCUUGCAACAUUGUGUAAUGGUCAUACCGCUUUCAGUGACUCAAACCUCAGGCCUACCGCCCCUAAGGCGCUGCAAGAUUUAGGGUCUUCUCUCAAGACCAACACUACAUCAGCUAACAAGAGACAUUUAUUAAGUCCCCAAAAAGUAGCUCAGAAAACAAAUGAUGUAAAAUAUGAAAUCCUUUUGCCACGCAAGACUUGCCAGGCAGAUGCACCUGCUCCUGCACUCCUCUCCAGCCCAGAAACUGCUGAGCUUGAGGAGGUCUACACAAUUCUGGAUGAGGAGGUGUUGUUGCCAGUUUCAGUGUACAACCUGAGGAAACAGACAGUCCAUGUUCAGGCAGACACUAUGGAGAGCACAGCCUCUAACAGCUUGGGCUCCUCUCCAGCAAAGGUGGUUCAGAGUAUAGGGAAAGGGCACAAUGUGGGCUGGGAUGAUAUGCACAGAAAGAGGGGAGGAAGUGAAGAAAUCGAGGAAGCAGAGGAAAGUGUAUAUGAGGAAGUGUAUGAUGCCCAUGCAUCAGUACCAGAGAUAGUGCGGGAUAUGUCCAAAAGGUACAUGGGCCCCUCUGUAAACAACGACUGUUUUCAGUUUCUCCAUGACUCAGGUGGCAAUGCUUUUGCAGAAGUGGAGAUAAAUGUCGAUGAGGAUCCACUGGAAAUGAUGUUGACCUUGCCGAGACAAGGCAGCGAAUGGGAGGCUCUGAUAAGUCCAAGCAAGCGCCAUGUUAUUUACCAAAAUCACGAAUCCACUCCCAAAUACUCACAGCAAAAACAGCCUUUGUCAUGCCAUGAUUCUCAGCAACAGCACCAGUCACAUGCAUCUAAUGUUGCAUUUUCACAGUGUCCCUCCCCAAUAAAACAACCUUCGUAUCGCCACAAAACCCAGAACAACUCCCAGCCUUCUCUCUUCCACAGACCCAUCAACUCUAGACCCUCCAACCCUAGUCCAUUGUGUCAAAACAGGUACCCAAUUCCUCAGAGAAAUUCUGAGGCCUUUAGUAACAGCAGUGAUUUCAACAGUUCCUACACGCAACAGAGGAGCUAUGGUGGCAGCCAGAUCCUAAAUAGGUCUCAUCAAAAUAGGCUAGGGUAUAAACAGAUGGAAAGAGAGCAAGUAAGGUGCUUCUACAAUGGUUUCUCCUCUUCUGAAAGCCUCCCUGGUGAAUCUGCUGUGUCUACAAACAUAUGUAGAGAGAGAGGCCUAUAUUCCCCUUCGGGCUGCGAUGCAGUGUACAGCCACCCGGACUAUGACUGUAUUACACCCUCAUCAGAGUCUUCAACUCCUCGGAACACCCAGUCACAUUGCCAAAGCCAAACACAAUCAUACACUCCGAAGCAGUCAUGGAACCAAAAGGUUUCUCUCAUCAAUACAAGACACCCCUCACAGCACUCAAAUGUUGGUCUUUUAUCAACUCCACCCCAGUCUGGUACCCUAGACUCCACAGCUAAUAGCCCAUGUAAGUCCAAGUCACUGGGAGACCUGACUUCUGAAGACAUAUCAUGCAACUUCCAGAGCAAAUACCACAUUAUUAGUCGCAGUUUCAUCACUCCCCAUAUGAGGAAGCAAAAGAGAAUGGGCGCCAUGGGGGAAGUAACUUUCCAAUCACAAUCUUGUGACCCACUUACAGAACAGCUACGUAAGCUGGUCAGUCUGGAGGGGGAUGACAAUGACAGAGACAGGCCCCAAUCUCCUCAGUUGUAUCAGGAAGCAAAAUCUCCACUGUCACAGCCACAGGCAACAAGGACAGCGCCUGUUGUUCCCAGGGAUGUAGAUGAUUCCCCUCCACUCCUCACCCGUCGCCUAUCCUCUCGGAGCCAAAGCCGAGUGCGUCACAUCAACAGCCGUGCCCGCGAAAGACAGAUCAAUAGUACUGCCAGCAUUGGUGGGGUGGUAUUGAGGAAUAAACCAGCCUCACAGAAUCCUCCAGCUAACAGACACUCUACUGGUUCUUACAUAGCAGGCUACCUUGGUCAGCUGGAGGACAGGGGACUUCCUGAAGGGGCUUGUACAUCAUUACUUUAUGGAAAUGGGGAUCACUAUGGAGAUCGGUACUAUACCGAUGACUCUCUUCCACCUGCUGACUCCAACUCGUCAGAGCCUGAGGUCUACUUUUUGCUCAGACUGUAGCUCUGACCAUAACCUAAAAUGAGCUUAACGACCAAGCAGUGAUUCUUGAUGAUGUUCAAUUACACAAAAAGCCAGAAGAUCUUGGAAAUAAAUACUUGUUUGUCCCUGAGUUCAGACCAGUAAGUUUCCCUUUUAACAGUGAAAUAAAUCUUAUUCUGGGCUAUUUUUUAGAGAAAGAUAUAUCCUGUGCAGUAUAAGUGAAACAUCAAAUAUAAUACAUUGUUGGAUCUGACAGCAUGAAUUUCCUGUAUGAAAUGUCCACUGUUCAAUAAUGAAUGGUCUCGCUAGUCUGGCAGUGUAUUGUUUAUAUUCUGCUUAAUGUGUAAAUGUACUUGGGAACUUUGAUUUCCUCCAAAUGGCUUCCUAGACUGAUUAUACAGAUACUUGUUAUCUUUGUCCAUGUGGUGUACUGUCCAAACUGCAUACAUAGACUAUGAAGCAAAAAAGGAAUAACUGGGAGGGAAGGUCUUUCUUUGUAUCAUAUGAAUGUGUGGUAUAAUCAAACAGCUACUUUUAAUAGAUGGGAUUCAUCUUUUCAAAGACCAAAAGGAAGUCUUCCUUCUCUUUUCAGUGAUGUUUCUUUAUUUGUGUUGUGUGUAAAUAUUCCUGUCACUGUUUUAAAUUCGAGAUGUGUUUUAGUUCAGAAACAAUUCUAACUGUACAUUUAUGUUUGUGCAUGUUACCUGUGAACAUGUCAAGCAUGACUAUGCACCAAUUUAUACAAUAGAUGUUUGAUCGCCCAACAACAUUUGCACAAAACAAAUAGUUGCAUUGGAUACAACAGAGGAUGUAGGCUUGUUUGUAUAAGGGCAACACAGUACAUAAACUUCUGUGCUUGGACUUGUUGCUGUCUAUAAUUUGUAGGAUUUGAAAACAUGAUUGCAAGUUUUUAUUUUUAUAAUUGCUUUGAUACAGACUGCAAAAACAAUAUCUGUUUGGGUAUGGUAAUUUUAUUUUGUAUAACUUAAAAGAAUAAAAAAAAAACAGAGUGACAGGUCUACAGGGCCAGGCUGAGGAGGGGAAGGUGGCAAAGCAGCAUUUUUUUUUUUUAAAUUGUUUUAUUGUUACACCAUCCUUUUUUUUUCUUUGUAUUGUUGCUCAUCAGAGGACUGUGGGCAUUUUCCUACCAAUGCAAUAAAUAUUGAAAUAUUUGAUUUCAACAAA